CUAACAGUAGACCUGGACAUUGUUAAUUGGCUAUAUCACAACAGGUCAAUUAGGAAACUGAUGUUUGGCAGCCUAGAAAAACAAGGAUCCCUAGAUUUCAAGUUCAUGGUCGAUCCAAAGGUUAUAGUGGAAAUCAAUAAGCUGAACAAGCCCCUGCCUCCUUCCAGGUGUGUGGAAAGCUGCCAUCCCGGAUUCAUGAAGGUGGCUCAAGAAGGGAGGCCCAUGUGCUGCUACGACUGUCUUCCCUGUGCAGAAGGAACCAUCUCCACCAUGGAAGAUGCAGAAAAAUGCAGCAAAUGUCCACCAGAUCAACAUCCAAACAACAACCGAGAUCACUGUAUCCCCAAAACAAAGACUUUCCUAUCCUAUCAAGAAAAAUUAGGAAUCAUCUUGACUUCCAAUGCCUUGUUCCUAACUUCAAUCACAUUCUUGGUCUUGGGAAUCUUCAUUAAAUUCCAAGAAACUCCUAUAGUCAAAGCCAACAAUCGGGACCUCUCUUAUAUCCUUCUGAUUUGUCUCCUGCUUUCCUUCUUCACCCCCUUCUUGUUCAUUGGCCAGCCAAGAAGAGUCACCUGCCUUCUUCGACAAACGGCAUUCAGCAUCAUCUUCUCUGCUGCCAUUUCUUCUGUCUUGGCCAAAACAAUCACAGUAGUGCUGGCCUUCUGGGCCACAAAACCAGGGAAUAAUGUUCAGAGAUGGCUGGGAAAGAGUUUGGCCAACUCCAUUAUCCUCUCUUGCAGUGGCUUCCAAGUUGUUCUCUGCAGCAUCUGGUUAGGUGUUUUCCCUCCAUUCCCUGAGACUGACAUGCAUUCACAAUCUGAAGAAAUCAUUCUACAGUGCAAUGAAGGCUCUGUUGCCAUGUUCUAUGGUGCCCUUGGCUACAUGGGCUUCCUGGCUGCCAUCUGCUUCACGGUGGCUUUCCUGGCCAGGAAUCUGCCUGGGUCUUUCAAUGAAGCCAAGUUGAUCACCUUCAGCAUGCUGGUCUUCUGCAGUGUCUGGGUGUCCUUCUUGCCCACCUACCUGAGCACCAAAGGGAAAUACAUGGUGGCUGUGCAGGUCUUCUCCAUCCUGGCCUCCAAUGCUGGACUUCUUGGCUGCAUCUUCAUGCCCAAGUGUUUCAUUAUUUUCCUAAGACCUGACCUCAAUACAAAAGAAUAUGUAAUGUCAAAAUAA